AUGAGUGGUGACGGGCUGCAACGAGCAGCGACAGAAGUCUGUGCUGCAUCUUCCUAUGUGCAAGAAACCCUCAUUGAACUCCACGGUGAAGCAUCCAAUUAUUUAAGUGGAAGUAUUCUAGAUUCCCUUGGCCAACUGACAAGAUUAACUUUUCUCGCCGUUCCUGGAAAUAACUUGUCUGGUACUAUCCCUCCCACUAUAUAUAAUCUUUCCUCACUCGGUGUUUUUGAUAUUAGAGAUAAUCAAUUUCAAGGGCGUCUUCCACCAAAUUUAGGCUUUAGUCUUCCUAAUCUACGAUUUCUUUCAGUUUGGGGAAACCAGUUUCAUGGACCAAUUCCAAUCUCUCUGUCCAAUUUGUCGAAACUCGAAAUACUUACGAUUGAUGAAAAUAGUUUUACUGGGACAGUGGGUAUUCAUUUUGGAGGACUAUCAAAACUCACUGGGCUUUCAUUGGCCACGAAUCAUUUGGGAAGUGGAGGAGCUGAUGACCUGAAUUUUGUUAAGACAAUGACCAAUUGCAGUGGCUUAGAACUAUUGUUUCUUGGUUAUAAUCAAUUUGGUGGUGUACUCCCCAACUCUAUGGCAAACUUAUCGACCCAAUUGACACAACUCUCACUGGAAAUGAAUAAAAUAUAUGGGGACAUCCCAGUGGGGAUGGGGAACCUUGUAAGGUUACAAUACUUGGGCCUAUCUGGUAACUUAUUAGAAGGAAGUAUUCCGACUUCAAUUGGGAGACUUCAAAUGCUAGAUUUACUCUAUUUAGAUGGCAACAGAUUCACAGGGCCAAUCCCUUCUUCUCUUGGAAACUUGACAGUGUUGUAUGAGCUCUAUUUAAGAGAUAAUCGCUUGCAAGGAAAAAUACCUUCAAGUCUUGGAAAAUGCAAAUCAUUGCUACGCUUGGACCUUUCCAACAAUAGUUUCAGUGGUAUCAUUCCUAGAGAGAUAUUUGAUCUUUCUACAUUGAUAGAGCUAUACCUGAGUACAAAUUCUUUCUUUGGUUCCCUACCUUCGGAAGUGGGUCAACUGACCAAUCUUGGAAUUCUAGAUCUUUCUAAAAACAUGUUGUCUGGUGAAAUUCCUAACACCCUUGGUGCUUGUAUAAUCCUAGAGCACCUUUCUAUGGAGGGGAACUUAUUUCAAGGAUCUAUACCAUUGUCUCUGAAUUCUCUAAGAGGUCUUCAAGAUUUAGAUCUUUCACACAACAAUCUCUCUGGUUUUAUCCCUAAAUAUUUGGAUACUUUUAAGUUUUUACAAAACCUAAAUUUGUCGUUUAAUCAUUUUGAGGGUGAGUUAUCAGUAGAUGGAGUCUUUGGAAAUUCGAGUGAAGUUUCCGUCAUUGGAAACAACAUGCUUUGUGGAGGUAUACCAGAACUUCAUUUGCCAGCAUGUCAAACUCAAAAGUCAAAAGAAGGUAGGCAUCAUGUUUUCAAGCUAAUAGUCAUCAUAUGUGGUUGUGGGGGCUCUCUAUGUUUGAUUAUUGUGACAAUUUUUUUCAUUAUCUACCCGAUAAGAAAAAAAAAGAAAGAAUCCACUUUGGUUUUGAUAGAGGGUCAUCAUUCUAAGAUCUCGUAUGCCCAACUCCUUAAAGCUACCGAUGGAUUUUCUUCUGCAAAUCUGAUUGGAGUGGGGAGUUUUGGUUCUGUGUACAAAGGAGUUUUCAAUCAUGGGGAAACUAUUGUUGCAGUAAAAGUCCUCACCAUUAGACAAAGAGGUACUUCCAAGAGUUUCAUUGCUGAAUGUGAAUCCCUUAGAAACAUCCGGCAUCGUAAUAUUGUAAGAAUCUUAACAUGUUGCUCAAGUAUAGAUUUUGAAGGCAACGAUUUCAAGGCUUUAGUAUAUGAGUUCAUGCCCGGUGGGAAUUUAGAGAAUUGGUUACAUCCACAUGCAAAUGGCAUACAAGAUGAACAAAGGCAUUUAAACCUUGUUCAAAGGUUGAAUAUUGCCAUUGAUAUGGCAACAGAAUUGGAUUAUCUUCACCACCAUUGUCAUAUGCAGAUUAUUCAUUGUGAUUUAAAGCCAAGCAAUAUUCUUCUUGAUGGUGAUCUAACUGCAUAUUUGGGUGAUUUUGGGAUAUCAAGAAUUCUUUCAAAAACCACAAGUAGAUCUCAAAAUCACACGAGCUCAGUAGGAAUAAAGGGAUCUAUUGGAUACAUUGCACCAGAGUAUGGUGCGGGUGCUCAUGUUUCAUCACAUGGUGAUGUCUAUAGCUAUGGGAUUCUAUUAUUAGACAUAUUCACAGGGAUGCGGCCUACUCAUGAAAUGUUCAAAGAUAACUUUAAUCUUCAUUGUUGGGCUGAGAUGGCUUUGCAUGAUGGAGUGAUGGCUGUCGUCGACUCAUCACUUCUCCCUAUUGAAGAAGAUAAAGAAGAGUCAUCAACAAUUGUAACCAACAUCAUUGGAAGUCGAAGAUGCAUCAAGAAUGAAAUGCAAGAGUGCCUUAAUUCGGUAAUUAGAAUUGGAGUUGCCUGCUCAGUUGAAUCACCAUGGGAUCGAAUGGACAUGAAUGAUGUGGUCAAAUAG